AUGGAUCACUCAAUGAUGCCGGUUAUCUCAAUCACCCGAACUCGUCGUUGCUCAGUUAGUUCCCCACUUCGAUUUACUCGUACGUUUUCCGAAGACUCGCUGGAUUCGUUGGAGAAAAAUGGUCGCAAAGAACUGAGAAGGCAGCGGAUCAUGGAGAACGGUGGCAGUGUUGAAGAGAAGAACUCUCUGAGUCCCCUCACUCAUACUACCUGUCCACACUUGGGUCAAAUGGGCCGUUCAAGAACUGAAUGCCCAGAAGUGGAAAGUCUUCGUCUACCAUUAACGGCUAAACGAUCUGCUGGAGAUUUAUCGUGUCCUCCGUCACCAACUCGUCGUAAUUUGAAUGAAGUCAUCGGUUUGACUGCGUACCAGCAGAAACUUCUGGUUCAAAGUUGGCCAAACAUCUACACAACUGGAGCCAGUGGCCCAUUUGCCAACAGCUUGUAUUCCACUUUGAGUGCUCGGAAUGCAAAGGCGAAGGAGCUCAUGACAAAGGCCAAUGGGGUCGCAAUGUUCUCUAAGAGUGAUAUGGAUUGCAGUAUGAUGCACUGUCGGGUUACUGUAGAGGUUCUCGAUACAGUAAUCAAGAGUCUUGACACUGAUCACUAUCGAGUGACCAGCUAUCUCACCGAAGUUGGAAAACAACAUCGUCAUCUGAAGGCGGAGGGUCUCUCGAGUGCUGUCUGGGAUGAUUUGGGAGACACAAUCAUGGAUUGUGCUAGGAGAAGAUGUGAGGCAGUGAGGAAGCACAAGGAGUUGAGGAGAGCAUGGUUGGCGAUUAUCGCCUACAUUAUGGACAAUCUUAAACAGGGACAGUCAAUAACACGCUCCAGCUCCAGCUAUGACUUGACAUAUGAUACAUCAAAAGUGCCUUGCUCGAAGAAGAACUCCAGUAACUGA